ACCGAGCAGGCGGGGGGCAGGCGCGCACCUCGUCGCAUCGCACCAAACCCCGACACGGCCUCUCCUCCCCCAUUCCAUUCCUCCUCCUCUUCUCGUACGCGGCUGAUUGCGACCUCCUCCGGCACACGACGCCAUCGCCCUCCCACCGAACCAGGCGCGCGUCCUCCCCCUCCCCUCCCCCCCCCCCCACCUGACUCAGCCUCCGCCGCUCCCCGCGCCCACUCGCCCUUCCUGCGCCGCCUCGGGGACGCCCCGGUCGGCGAUGUGGCGGGAGCAUGCUGGGCCCGCUCCUCAGGUUCCUCUCGGCGUGCGGCGCGGUCUGGCCCUCCCCGCCGGCCCCAGGCGCCGCCGCCGCCUCGGGGGACGCCUCCGCCAACUCUGAGGGCCGCGACGGGCUCCUCUGGUGGCGCGACCUCGCGCGCUGCCACGCGGGCGACGUCUCCGUCGCCGUCGCCCAGGCCAACCAGGUGCUCGAGGACCAGUGCCGCCUCGAGUCCACCCCGCCCCUCGGCACCGUCGUCGGCGUCUUCGACGGCCACGCCGGCACCGACGCCGCCCGCUUCGCCUGCGACCAUCUCUUCCCCAACCUCCGAGAGGCGUCCUCCGGCCCGCAGGGCGUGACGGUGGAAGCCAUCAGGGAGGCGUUCCUGGCCACGGAGGAAGGCUUCGUCGCGCUUGUGUCGCGCAUGUGGGAGGCCCAGCCGGAAAUUGCCACGGUCGGGACGUGCUGCCUCGUCGGCGUCGUGCACCACAGGACCUUGUUCGUCGCCAACCUUGGUGAUUCCCGGGCUGUUCUCGGGAGGAAGGUGGGCCGCACAGGGCAGAUUGCUGCGGAGCAGUUGUCCAGUGAGCACAAUGCCAGCGAGGAGGCUGUUAGGAAUGAGCUCAUGGCUCAGCACCCUGAUGAUCCGCAGAUUGUUGCGGUCAAGCAUGGGGUCUGGAGAGUGAAAGGCAUCAUACAGGUAUCAAGAUCAAUAGGUAAUGUAUACCUGAAACAUGCGCGGUAUAACACUGAGAGGAUCAAACCGAAGUUCAGAGUUUCUGAACCUUUCAGCAAACCUAUAUUGAGUGCCAACCCAUCUAUCAUCUCCCGCAAUCUUCAACCAAGUGACUGUUUUGUCAUUUUCGCAUCAGAUGGUUUGUGGGAACACUUGAGUAAUCAGGAAGCUGUUGAGAUUGUUCACAACCAUCAACAAGCUGGAAGUGCAAGAAGGCUCAUAAAAGCAGCUCUGCAAGAAGCAGCACGGAAGCGUGAGAUGCGUUACUCGGACCUUACAAAGAUUGACAAGAAGGUCCGCAGGCAUUUCCAUGAUGACAUUACUGUCAUCGUCUUAUUUAUAAACUAUGACCUAUUAGUGAAAGGCGCUGCACAAGAACAAUCCCUCUCUAUCAGAUGCGCCCUAGAUUAUUGACAGUGAGCUAGUCAUCCACCGGUGUUCAGCUCCUAUCAGCAGCAAUCUCCAGUCAGAUGACAUGGUCAGCUGGUUGUGAAAAGUACACAACCUCCCGCAGCAGCUUUCUUUGCCUUUUUAAUUUUGCACAUAAAAAUUGACAGCUCGCUAAAUUGCCAGUUUUCUCCUCUGAAAUGUCGUCGGAUAAAUGCCUUGAGUGCGAGGGAAGGUUAUAAAGGAUUCUGUAACUUCUGAUUGAUUCAUUUUCUCGCUUACAAGCUAGUUCGUUUUGUAUGUAAGAAUUAUCAGCUUGUUUAAUCGCAGCUUCUUACAUUUCUUA